AUGAAAAAGAUUGCAAAACCACCAGAGAGAUAUGAUGAAAUCUAUUUACGUUUAUCACGACAAGGUGCGCGAGUAUUAGCAUUGGGACAUAAAAGUCUUGGUGUUCUCAGUGCUCAACAAGUUCGUGAACAAACCCGUGAUUCAAUCGAACAAAAUUUAGACUUUUGUGGGUUUGUUGUGCUAUCAUGUCCAUUGAAACCAGACUCGAAAGCAAUGAUCAAGGAACUUUUAUAUUCAUCUCAUCAUUUAACCAUGAUAACGGGUGACAAUCCGUUGACUGCCUGUCAUGUGGCUAAAGAAUUAAAUUUUACUCGAAAACCAUUGCUUGUGUUAACAUCACCAACAAACAUUGAUGAAGAAUGGAUGUGGAAAUCUGUACAUGAAGAUAUAGCACUUUCAAUGAUACCUAUUGAUAUCAAAGAAUUUAUUCGAAUCUAUGAUUUGUGUAUAACAGGAGAGGGUUUAUUACAUUUGACGUCAUCAUCGAUCAAGCCGACAUUUUUAAAUUCCAUCAUGUCAUCAGUGAAAGUUUUUGCUCGUGUUUCGCCAAAACAGAAAGAACAAGUAAUUAUCAAACUGAAUAAUCUUGGUUAUAUAACGUUAAUGUGUGGUGAUGGUACUAAUGAUGUUGCCGCAUUAAAACACGCUCAUUGUGGUGUUGCUCUAUUGAGCGGCGUAGCUGCAAAACGCGUCGAACAACAAACGAUAGAGCCAUCAGUACCGGUACCACCACCAUUACCCACAGACGCAACUGCUCAUUCUCAUCAGCAAACGAAAAAACGUAUUGAUGAACUUUAUCGUCAAAUGGAUGAAACAGAUCAGACAAUUGUUCGUUUAGGAGAUGCUAGUAUUGCCGCUCCAUUCACAUCUCGUACAUCGACAAUACAAUGUGUCUGUCAUAUUAUAAAACAAGGACGCUGUACAUUAGUGACCACACUGCAAAUGUUUAAAAUUCUAGCAUUGAAUGCCUUGAUAUUAGCCUAUAGCUUAAGUGUAUUAUAUUUGGAUGGUAUAAAAUUUAGCGAUGGACAACAUACUAUGCAAGGAUUAUUACUUGCUGGAUGUUUUCUAUUUAUAUCUCGUUCAAAGCCUUUGAAAGCAUUAGCACACGAACGACCAUUACCAAACAUUUUUAAUUUUUAUACGUUACUUAGUGUUUUAGCGCAAUUUGCCGUUCAUUUAACAUCACUCAUGUAUGUUGUGCGUCAAGCACACAUGCGUAUACCUCUCAGAUCUGAAGAAUUUGCAAAUCUUGAAGCAGAAUUUUCACCUAAUCUAGUCAAUACAACUGUAUAUAUCAUGUCUUUAACACUUCAAGUAGCAACAUUUGCUGUUAAUUAUCAGGGUAAACCAUUUAUGGAAAGUUUACGUUCAAAUAAACCUUUACUAUAUAGUUUAAUAUUCUCAUUUACAUUUAUAAUUUGUUUAAUAUUUAAUUUAUUACCUCAAGUUACAGAACAAUUUCAAAUUGUUAUCAUACCGGAUGAUAUUGCAUUUUUUUCUAUUAAUUUAAAAGCAAAAAGGAACAUGGAUAAACCAAUUGAUGAAAUGCUAGGCGAAGAAACGUAUACCGAAGACGAUAUUGGUGAUGAUUAUGGUAGCGGCGGUGAUAUGUUAUCUGAUCAAUCGAUACAUAUGAUUGAAAAAAUUCAACAUCAAGAUUUUUUUAAUGAUUUUGGUGAUUUAUAUGAUAAUGAUAUUAGUGAUACAUAA